UUGCCCCCACUAUAAAAUAAGAUACAGAAACAUGCAGAGCAUGCGCCCAAUUAAAUCCUAUCGAAGAAUUUGGUUCCCAUCAAAUAAACCCGUGAUCAAAUGGCUCGUUGGAUGAAACCAGAGGUUUACCCGCUGUUGGCAGCCAUGACCUUUGUGGCAAGUUUGUGCGUCUUUCAGCUCACCAGGAACGUCCUCAUGAAUCCUGAAGUGAGAAUUAAUAAAAGCAACCGAGCCUCAGCAGUUUUGGAGAAUGCAGAGGAAGGCUACAGGUACAGCCAACAUGGCUUUCGCAAGUUUCUCAGCGAGCGCAAACCUCAAGUCUUCCCGACUCUCAAUAAUUUCUUCUCAAAGACUGAUGAAUGAGACAAUCGGCCUUUUUACGCGCACAAACCAUAUACUUUUCAAUCCCUUCCCUGUUAUAUAUUCGUUUGCAAGCAUUUCAUGUUAAGAAUUUUUGAACAACUGUAUCAUUAAUUACUUGCUACAUUAUAUUAUGUCAAUUAAUGGAAUAUGGUUAUUGACCGUGUCUUGG